GCCUGGGGUCAGUAGCAGACGAGAAGUCGUUUGAAAUGUAGAGGGAGAGGUGAAACGCCUCCACCAGGUGUUUAAAUGUCUCUCGUCGCACUCACGGACGAGAGGAGGUGGAAAAUCAUGAACUGGCUUGUGGACUGUAUACGUUGAUUGCUAGAGAUGGAGUGUUUGUGGAGGCCAGGGCUGGCGGGGAGGACCGGUUGUCUGCUAGCUGUGUUCGUGCUCGCGGCCUCCAUUGAAACUGUGGCAGCUGCCGUAGAGAAAACAGAAAAAACCAGCAACGAGUCGGAACGAUAUCAAUUAGUUGUGUGGGAUUUCCAACAUGUGGAAGUGCCGUAUGUAAUAUGCCUGUGGAUUCUUCUAGCAAGUCUGGCGAAAAUAGGGUUUCAUCUCUAUGACAGGCUGUCCUCCAUCUUCCCAGAAUCUUGUCUCCUGAUUGUGAUGGGCAUUGCAGUAGGUGCAGUGCUUCACUUUUCCCAUGCGGCCACAGCCUCACAGUAUGUGCUCAAUGCCAACACCUUCUUCCUCUUCGUUUUACCUCCUAUUAUCUACGACGCUGGAUACCACAUGCCACUUCGUGCCUUCUUUAACAACUUGGGCACCAUUCUUCUACUUGCCAUUGUCAACACUCUCUGGAACACUGUGGCCAUUGGUGCUUCGCUGUGGGCAGCAAGCUGUGCUGGGUGGAUUGCUCGCAAGAUCUCAAUUUUACACUGCUUCAUAUUCAGCGCCCUGAUCUCAGCUGUGGAUCCCGUAGCUGUGCUUGCAGUUUUUGAGGAUGUGCAUGUCAAUGAGAUGCUGUACAUCAUUGUGUUUGGAGAAUCCUUGCUCAAUGAUGGUGUCACUGUGGUUUUGUAUCACAUGAUGGAAGGCUACACAGAGAUUGGUGAAGGCAACAUCCAGCCUGUUGAUUAUGUGGCUGGAGUGGGAUCUUUCUUUAUCAUUGCUCUUGGUGGCACAGUCAUUGGUGUCAUCUAUGGGAUGGUCGGAGGCUUCAUCACAAAGUAUACAGACCAUGUUCAAAUCAUCGAACCUCUUUUUGUCUUCAUUCUCGGUUAUCUUGCGUAUCUUACAGCAGAGAUGAUGCAUCUGUCUGGAAUCCUUGCUCUGACUUUUGGCGGGAUCACAAUGCGGCAUUAUGCGGAAGCCAACAUGUCAGAGAAGUCAAUCACAGCUGUUAAAUACACCAUGAAGAUGAUGGCCAAUGUCAGCGAGACUGUCAUGUUCAUGUUUUUGGGCCUUUCGACUGUUGUUGACACUCUCGAGUGGCAGUGGGACUUCAUCUUCUUUUCCAUCAUCUUUUGCAUCAUCUAUCGUGUUAUUGGCAUUGUGGGUCUAGUCUUUCUACUGAACAGGCGACGUUUAAUUCGGCUGACAGGAAUUGAUCAGUUCAUUAUGUCCUAUGGAGGACUACGUGGAGGUAUUGCAUUCUGCCUCUCCCUACUUAUUAACGAGGAGCUUGUACCAGAGAAAAAAAUUUUUGUCACCACCACCAUCUUGGUUGUCUUCUUCACUGUAUUUGUUCAGGGAAUCACUAUCAAACCAGUGGUCAAUGCUCUCAAAGUUAAAAGGGCACAAGAAAAAGAUCCUGCAAUGAAUGAAAUGAUAAAUGAAAGGCUGAUUGACCACAUAAUGGCAGGCAUGGAGGAUAUUGUUGGCAGAACAACCAAUAAUUCAAUCAAGAAUAGAUUUGAGCACUUUAACAUGAAGUUUCUGAAACCUGUUUUACUGCGUGAGAAGCCUCAGACCAGAGAGACCCACAUUCUCAGUGUGUUCUCCAAGCUGAAUGUUCGGGAUGCUUUGCACCACAUCAGUUCUCACGGAGGAUUCAUCAACCCUCUUUCUGUCCAAGAUUCUUCCAUCACCAACAAAAUGAACAAGCAAGGGUCUUCCAACAGCAUUGAGCCUUCAGGUGAUGUUUACUACAAACCAGCACCUGCAGUCUAUGACAUUCACUCUGUUGAAGCAGUUUUUUCUAAAAAGGAUGUGGAAGACAGCCACAUUCAUCAUGUGCUUGUAGAUGCAAUGACUAGGUCACACAAAAUGCAUAUCGAGAGGAGACAUUCAGUUGAAGACGCACCACAACAACGGACUUCUCAUCACCAGAUGCAUCCGCAUCUUCAUCGCCUGAUCAGCCUACAGCACUUGCACAAUGAAAGCCAAGAUAAACCCACCUCCAAAGACAAUACUGCCAUCUGUGACACAGCCAUGACCACAGAUGAAAUGAAAAUAACUCAGAUAGCUGUCAACUGUGAUACAGCAGUCACCACAGAUGAAACAAAACUGAUGCACAAAGAUGAAGUGUCUGACUGUCAAGAGCAACAGAAUGAAGAUGAUGCUGGUUCUGUUGCCAGUACCAGAUCUGCCUACAGCCAGAAAGAUUCUGAAGAACCAGAAAGCCUUCCACCUGAGGAGACAGAAGUUGAACGAGUUCUACCUUGGCGACGACAGACACAGCUUCCUCCUGUGCCUUCGUCUGUCUCACUUAGCAUGCCUGAUGAUGAGCAUCCUCUGAUGUCACAAGCACCCUCGUGGGCAGACAACUUGGCCUACAACCAUCUGACAGAAAGCGGUUCCCCUUACAUAUCACCGCAGAACACAAUAUCAGCUAACCAGCCUGCUUCUUCACACCGCCCGAUAUUUGACAUCUUUCCUCCUGCAGAUGGCGCUUCACCAAAUGGCGACUCUAGUCUUCUUCCCAGCAGCAUAUCCCUCCCGCCUGCAUGGGUGGACUCUCUAAGUUUCCCUCCCCCGUGGGCUUCUGGGAGUGAUGAUGAGCCCAUCACAUCACCUCAACUUCACGAUGGAGGUGAUGGUGAAAAGGCUAGCACUUAUCUUGCAUCCUCCUCCCAUAAGUUUUACCCACCCUCCCAUCACAGUGUUUUGGUCUCUCAAGACGGGGAAGUGGGAGAAUCACAUGGAUCAAAUGGCUCCAUGCUAAUUCAUCCUGCCAACUCUCCAAAACAUUUUCAGCCAAUUAAAAUGCACGAAAUGUGUUCUCGGCAAGGGAUCGAGGCAGAGAUUAUCUGUGACGAGUCUUCCUACCAGGAAGGGUUAGUGUUUCGUGUGCAACGGUGGUUGGACAGCAAUGAUCCCUCUGAAGCAUGUGAUGAGGACGCAGACGAGGGCCAAGCUCAUGCUGAAGGUCAUGACUGUGAAGAUGAUGGCAUUGAUCUAGGUGACACCCAUCUAGAGACUCAUUUUUAAGUUUGAUUAGUUAAAAUCGACACCAGCCAUAAAAGACAAAAACUCAAGCAAACAAAAAGGAAAAUAGCCCAUGUUGAAGGACCCCUUUCACCCAAUCUAAACUCCUUCAGCAAAACAAGGAAGAGUCUUUAUCAGCCUUGUAAAUAAUAUGGACGAAGCUAUGGACACAUCUGCACAAAAUUUGGCUCUAACAUCCUUGUCUUACUAGCAUCAGGGAAGUUGAAGCCUUUUGUCGUGUAUAAAUGUUUCACACUUUUUCCCAUGUCAAGUGCUUAAACAAAGGAAGACAAACUAUCAUAAACAAAGUAUUCAUUUGUUUUCCCACUCCAGAUUAAGUGUGUGAAUGCAGACAGGAAUACAAAAAAUGGAUCUUUGGUUUACAACAAGAUUACAACACAAUGUGAGCUCUGCUGCAAGCUUUUUGCACGAGAAGGAAACUUUUUUCUGAAAAAAAAGUGGAGAGUGCAUGGAGAAAAGAAGAGAGACACAAACUGCCAUCUAUCUUUAAGGAAAAUGAACAAAUGAAAACAAAAGUAUUGUUCUUAAGUGCAUUUUCUGAUAUUUGGUAUGGAAUGGUGCAGUUUUAUUCCUACAACUGGAUGUGUUCUCUGCGUGCAACGCCAAACCACCUGCAUUAGGACUUUCAUUCAUCUGAUUUAAGUCCGCUGAUUUUUGUUGCCCGAGUAGGCACACAUAUUUUAUUUGCUCCAAAUUCUCUGGAACUAGAAUGUUGCUCGUUUGAUGCAAUUACAUUAGUGACAACAUAUUAAUCAGAGGCAUUUGUUAUCAGGUAAAAGUGAUCAUACAAUCUACUACAAUUAUAAAGGUACUGCCAAUGGACUGUCUAAACUGUACAUCGAACUAAAGUUACUGCUGAGACACCAGUAAGGAAAGUUUGGUUUCAUUAAUUUAUACUAAUAUAGUAGAAGUGCUGUGAAUUUGUUAAAUUGUUCUACCAUCUUUGUUAUGACUUGCUGCUAGUUUUAUUUUUGUUAUGUGUUUGGUUUUGCUAGGAAAAAAAUAGAUGCUUUAAAAAUCUUGAUAGUAACUGGAAAAUACCAGACUUUUACAGGCGCUGUCACUAGUUCUUCAGGUACAGAAGAGCACCCACCAAUAAUGCAGUUACCUCUCUAAAGUAGCAGGUUGAGAUAUUUUAAUGCAUUCAUCAGAAUUUUGAAAAGGAAUCAAGAAAGCUAGGGAUUAGCUUUCCUUACUUUCAUCAUACAUCGAUACGUCAGAAUUUAAAACCCUGAAUUUAAAUAAAGCAAUGCCUGAGGGCAGAGGAGAGUUGACUGCACCCUCUUAUGGCAGAAUUUUAGAACAAAUAUUUUGGUCUGUAAAAGUUUAACCAUUCUUUCAGCAUUUUCCUUUGGUGCUAAGGUUUUAUUUUUUUUUUUUUUAAUUUAUUUUUGGGAUUGUUUUUUUUUUUUUUUUGUUUUUUUUUUUUGCACACUUUUGAAAGCCAAAUAUUGAGUGGACAUAAGUCCAGAAAAACCUGCAUGUAAAGCUGAAUCUUUCUCAGGUAAACCAACUGCUCAAAGAAUGCUUCAAAGUUUUAAAAAGCAUUGCUGCCACUUAUGAGGGGUUCUGCAUGUAAGAAUUUUGGCAGGAAAUGUAGAAAUGUAGCUCCUGCCUUUUUUAAUGAUACCUGUUCUCAAUCAUUAUGGUAACAUAUCACUUGAUGUGUACACUAAAUGGUAAGGAAGAACAUUGCUCAGAUUUCUAUGAACUGCUGAAUUAUAAAACAGAAGAGAAAACAAUCACAACCAUUGUGUACGUCUGCAUAUAAAAUUUGAAAGCAGCGAUUCUCUGAUUUCUUCACUUCCAGGACCUUCCUGGUCAUGUUUGCAGAUGCAUGUACAUAUUUGGUGGCUCAUAGAAACCUUUUUUUUUCAACAUCAUAAAUAGUUUAGCAGAAAUGACAUCAUUGUUUGCUUUUCAUUAAUGAAGACAUGAUUACUAAUUGGAAUGCUGCUAUAUUCAGUGGGUUAGCUUAUACAAUCUUGGGGUAAAGAGAGAGGGAUAAGUGGGUGGGUGUAUGUGUUGUGCAUGUACUUUUUUGGUGCCAGCAGAACUUUGAUAAUGUUGCCAUUUGAAGUUGACAAAAUGUUAACAAUAUCUUUAUCUAGAUAUGUUGAAAGGCUAAAGUCAAAUGCAAAUUUAAGAAUGAAACAUGUCCAUCAUAAAGCCUUGACUAUACAGCAUCAUUAGCAACAGCUUCAAUUACUAAUUGCUAAUUUUCACAGUACAACAAAUAAUGAUGCUAACAGGAUAGGUAAAUGCCAUUGAAGAAUCAUACGUUUGAUUUUGUUGCUUAUUUAAGCAUUUAAAAGAAAUAUUUUUUAUGUCAGUAAAUAGUCACUAGCAUAUGCUUGCUAUGGAGAAGCUUGGGUUUAGUGACAUUUUCUGAUAAUUUAUUCACUUAGUAACCUCAGGGUAACUUAUUGAGUAAUCUUAGUAGAAAUGAGUUUGUCCCAUAAUGUGUAAAAGAUAAUUUUGAAAUGUUGUAGGCUUAUACUGAUUAAGUAAAUAUUAAAUUAAAUUAAUAUAUACAGCUGUGUUGAUUACAAGUACAUGUGACUUUGCUUUUGACCAGUUUGGUCAAAUUUGGACUUAUAAUUUAUGUGAAUCAAAAGACAAACUACAGCUAUGUAGUUAGAAUAAAAAAUUUAGGUUAUUAAUGACAUGUAAUAUAAUCGUGUUAUGGUCACAGAAUGCCACUGAUGACAUGUUCCUAUAAAUAUUACAACCAAUCACAUAUGCUGAAUAAUGUAGAUGCUAAUAUUAAUUUAUUAAAUAUUAAUUUUAUUCACAAAUGAAUGAAUGCUUAAACAAAGCAUGUCAAAUGUUUCAGGAUGUCAGCAGCUUGGUAAGGAAAAAUAGAAUGCUAUUUAUGCAAGAUUGUGUUAAUGUUGACUGGUAGUAAAUUUCUUGUGAAGUCAAAAGAACGUCUUUUCAGAAAAAAAUGGAUAUUAAAAAAAUGUAGUUCUCCGGUAUAGUUAAAGAGGCUUGUUGAGUGUUAGCACAGUAAUUACCCCAUUAAUGUUCUUCUUGAGUUGAGCUAGUCAUUGUGACGGGAUUGUUACAGUGCUGUAGGACUGUAGUGCAAGAGAAGUCAAAGCUGCGUGCUUGUUUGCAUGAACCUACUGUAAGCAGGCAGAAUUCUGAGCACUUCAGGACAGAGGCAUUAUUGAAUGACCUGACCUCCAAAUCAGCUUCUGCACACGUAUCACAUUUGAUCUCAUUCUGCUUGUCACCAGUCUUCAUUGUAGUUGUAAUUGCUGUAAUACAUAAUGACUCUUUUAAUUAAUGAAGCACAAAUUAAUUUCCCUUGCAUAAAAUUUAUAAAAAUUCCGUUAGAUACAGCUGUCCUUGCACAGUGUGCAGGAGAUUUUUUUUCAUUUUGGGGGGAGGGGGGAGGAGGUGUGUAUGUGUGUUAUUGUUAGAAGAUGGCUUCAGCAUUUAACUUUGUGGUGUGGUGUUGUGAGUGCAAACUUCCAUACAUAGAGAAUUGGAUCUACACACAGUGCUGAUACCCUUUUACAAACCUUUUAAUCAAAAGUUAAUUACAUUUGAAAUGUCUUUGACAACAGACAACCUUGUACGUGUAAGUGCAUUGACUGCUGUGAUAAUACCCAGCCAAACCACUUAAGAUCAUCAUGUGACUCUUUGUGUGAACAAAAACUGAUAUCUUACUCACCAAGGGCUCAGUGAGACCUAACAGUACCCAAACUGCUCAGUGACAAUGUAGUGCAGUUGAUUUUAGUUUGCCAUCAAUCAACUCAUAUCAGUGCACUACACUUGUAUACAAAUUCCAUGAUCUGUUUUUUUAAACAAAUGGAAAGUAUGUGAUAAAACAGUGCAAUGGGAAUCAGCCAAUCAGCUGAUACAGCAAGUUGUGACUAUAGGCAGUGACCUUAAAAGCAGUGGUUAACAUGCUCCUGUAAAGUUGUGGACUAUACAGUAUUUUUGUGCAAAAGCACAUGCAAGUUAUGGUAAUUGCUGCCUCGUGCUUACCUCACAUCAUUUCGUCUGUGUUUAAUGGAGUCGGUUACAUUUUUUUUUAUAAUCUGUAGCUGAAUCCAUCUAAUCAAUUACUGUGAGAAUGCGAUACUUUUGAUUAUUAAGCUACCAUCACAUUUUUCUUUGCCAGUCUUUCUGGCAUGACUGUAUUAUCCAUGUUCAGUUAGAUCAGGGAGUUUGUGCUUUUAAUGCGUAAAUGUGUCGCCCUGUAUCACUAUAUAUUUCUAGACUGAACUGAGGCUGUAACUUGUGCAUCUUCUGUUGUGUGGUUUCAAAAUUGCAUAGCUUCUUUCCUCCUGUUUUCUUAAAAUCGUGUCUUUGGAUUAGUAUAACUGUUCAACAACAGUUUGUUUUUGUAUAAACGCAUGAGAGUUGGGCUUUCUGCCCGGAUCUUUGUGGUUCAUAAUACGUUUAUAACAUGGUACACAAUGCAUGUAAAACUUUUCAGCAAAUAUAUCUGCAUUCAAGUUUUAUCAGAAAGGCUGGUGAUGCAACAUUGCAUGUGAACCAUGUUCCUUUGGGCUGAAACAGCCAUCUGUUGUGCAUUUGAAGAAGCUUUAGUACUUUGUGACACAGCAAUUUCAUAAUGAGCGGUGUGAAGAAACAUUCCUGAAAGUGAUACUGUGUAAAUAAGUGUUUUGUCUUAACAUUAUCAUUUACGACAUUGAGCAGGUGAUGUGCAUAAAAUAAUGUGUGAAAUAUUUAUUUCUUACUUUAUUUGAGUAGCUGGUCACAUGUUUAAGUGGCAACGUGUACUGAGAAUUUUCUUUCAUACUCAGUAAUAUGAUCAUAUCAGGAGCAUAGUUUAGAAACUGCAACGUACAUUGUCCCUUUACUAAAGGCUACUCAUAGACUCCAAAGUCUUGGCAUGUCAACAAUAAACACUUUGAAUCCCAUUAUUUAGCUUUAUCUUCUCUCUGUAUUCAUUCAUUCAGUCGUUUGAUUGGUACCAGUUAAUGAACGGUUAUGCUGGUCCACUGGUACUGGCCUCCAAGCGGAAUGGCUGGAUAGGUGCAUCAGUUGACAAGGCUCACCAGUUAGGCUCGUCUUGGGUGAUGAUGCUGAGCAGGUGCUGAAUGGAACAUCCAGUCCACUCCUUUGUGAUUGCAAGUAACUUCUUCUUUUGUCCACUUCUGUAUUGACCUCCUUCCAAGGAUGGUUUUAGAGAAAGUGUCGUGCUAAACAGAACCAGACUUGCACUGUUUCGCUGUUGUAAGAAGGGGUUCUUGGUGUCCCGUGAUGGUGGUGACUCUGCUUCAUACAUAGUUAUUUGUUUUUGCCCCAUGUAGGCAAUUCACUCUGGCAUUUCGUCUUAAAUGCCUCUGUUCUCCUCUCUGCAUUGUAGGCAGUCCAAUGGCACAACAGUUAGCACCUGUUACCAAUACAGUGAGGGAUGACUGUCCUGGGUUCAUUUCUUGUCCCAGGUACGCUGUUCUUUCUCUGCAAGUGGCUUCUAUUUGCAGGCCGGCUGCCUUGCCGUGAUAUAGCCUUAGUUCCAGCCUCAGCCCACCCACCCCAUUCAUAUUGCAAUCCCUGUAUUGCUAUCAUGCAUAUUCAAAACUUUCUUAUACAGUCUUUUCUGAACAAAUUAAAAGUUUUGUUCUUUGAUCGACACUGAAAUUUUAAAGACAGAGGUCUGAAAGCGUGGCACUUCUUAAGGCUUUUUGAAAUUUGUAUCCAAUCACAAAAGGCAAAUUUACAUUUAUUUGUGCACUUGCACAAAACGUGGUUGAUUCUUUAAGUUAUUGGUUCUUCAGCUUGCCAGUAGUGUAACAACAGUUCCGAUUUAUCAUUUAAAUGAUUCAGAUAUGCACCUGUUUAAGUGACUAGCUUCUCUAGGCAGCAAAUCUGCAUAAAGCCAGUUUGCUGAAUCAUAACUGCACUUGCAAGCUGUUGACAGGAGGCAAACCAAAAAAAGUUCAACUCUUGUGUAUACUCUGUAUGCAAAUUAAUUUGAAGGUUAAAUUACACCAAUUCUCAAAUAGCCGUAAGUUAUGCCUUUUGCAUGUUAACCAUUUUCAGUAAUUGUAAAUGACUCUAAAUGCCUGCUAUAUGUUGAUGAAGAAGUUUGUUGUCAGCAUGAAGUUUGUAAAUGCAGAGAAGGUAAAACAAUAAAUAUAUUAAAAAAA